AUGUCUUUUAUUUCUCUGUUCGUGUUGACUCUUCUUCUCAUACCGAACACCACCCAUAGCUCCAAAGCACCGGUCGUCCGAGGAGCCAGAGCCUGCACCGUCUGCAGAGCCGCCAAGAUGAAAUGCGUCGGCGCAGAGGACGGUACCCAGCCUUGCCAGCGCUGCAAGCGCUCAAAUUCGGAAUGCAUCUUUGAAAAGCACCGUCGUGGUCGCAAGCCCGGUUCCAAGCUCUCGGAAGCCUCCAAGAUGCUUCGUCGUCUCGAGAAAGGCCUCAGCAGUGCAAAGUCCAAGGCACAGGCCCUCGAGUCCUCCUCCACCGCCCAUCAGUCUACCGAGCCUCAAGCAGGUUCCUCUUCUCAGCCGCCACUCCGGCAUUCAACCUCCGAUUAUGAACUUCCUCCCCUCAACAUUCCACCAGACUAUCAAGGAGGCUACUCGGAUGCCAGGCGUAGCUCACAUGACAUGGACCCUGAUCAGGAUGAAGACGACGCUGAUCGGCCGGAGGAGAACAUUUACCCCGCCAGACUCAUCCGGAAGGAAAAUCAGAGGCAGCCUUUUUUGAAGACUAUCCUGAAUCCCCAACACGAAGCGCCUCUUACUUCCCUCAACUCCGACCGGGGUAGCUCUACCGCUUCUUCAUCUUAUGCCUCCGCCACCCCUGUCUCCGGCGGCCUCAACGACCCUGUGGCAGCCGGCAUAAUCGAAGAAUCGAACGCCAAAGUCAUCUUCGACCUCGUCUUCUUGCGACUAAACCCGUUCAUUAACCUCUUCGACGCUAUCCUCCACACCCCGGAAUACGUCCGCAAGAGAUCACCCUUCUUGUUUACCGUCCUUAUCAUGGCUGGAUGCAAGUUCUUCAAGCCAGAAUGCUACAAGGACUGUCAGAAGCUCGCGUACGAGUUUGCUGUUCGCGCGUUCGCGGAGGGGUGGAAGAGUGUUGAAGUCGUGCAGGCCUUCGCGUGCCUUACCUAUUGGAAGGAGCCCGAUGAUACGCGUACAUGGACAUACAUCGGCUAUGCAUGCCGAAUGGCAGUCGAGCUCGGGCUCAACAGAUGGGUAGCCACCCCCGCCAGAAACGAGACGGAGCUUGUGUUCCGCGAACGCCGGAACCGUGAGCGAACGUAUCUCGUUCUGUUCGUCCACGAUCGCAGCCUCAGCAUGCAGACCGGCCGGCAGUGGAUGCUGCCCGAAUGCAAUCUCGUGCGGAACUCUGCCAACUGGCAUGAGGAAGGCGGUCCCCAUAUCAGGCCAGAAGACGUUAUUUUGGCAGCGUUUGUGCAGUUGCGCCGGAUUGCCGCUGAGACGACGGAUAUCCUGUUCAUCAACAAGGGGAACCCCAACAUCAGGCAUGCCGACUUCGACGGCGACGUUCUCUUGCGCACCUGUAAUAGCAAGCUCACACAGUGGGCGGCUACGUGGGAGGCCGAGAUGCGUCGAGCGCCGGAUGCCGAGAAGUUUCACUACGCCUUCCUCGACUUUUUCAGGCUCUACGUCCGGCUGUUCCUCAACAGCGCUGGUAUACAGGCCUCGCUAUCUCCGCAAUGCCGAGCGACUCCGAGCUUGCAGGCGCUGUCGGCUUGCUACAGCAGCGCAAUGGACCAUCUGAAGAUCGUCACCAGAGAAUUUGCGUCUAUGAGCAUGCUGCGAUAUGGACAGGACACAGUCACUGUCAUGACUGCCUACGCUGCGGUGUUCUUGCUCAAGGUACGUCUCAUGUCGUUUCGUCCAUAA